GACCUUCGCGGUGCAUGCGUGUGGACAGAUGGAGAUCUUGAUGAACUGGUUGGGCUACCUGGUGAACGAGCGGGCGGAUAUGAGCAAGAGUCUGGACGCCAGGAUUACGAGCAUCGUGGAACAACAUGUUCGAAUACUCAAGUUCUUAGAACUUAUAGAGAAAACACUUCGAUACGUAUCCCUGGUGGAGUUCCUGGGGUGUACACUGAUGUUGUGCUUGUGUAGUUAUCACGCUAUCGUGGUACGCACAAAUGAGGAAUGGAGUAGAAACGAGAGCAUAAGCUGUGCGACUUACGCCGUUCUUUGUGUGCCUUUCACCUUCAAUAUAUUCAUAUAUUGUUACAUAGGAGAACUUGUUGCCGACGGGUGUAGACAAAUUGCUGAGACAUCGUACAUGAUUGAUUGGUAUCGAUUAAUGGGCAAGAAGAAACUCAGCAUGAUUCUGAUCAUGCAAAUGUCUCAUUCGACAAAUAAACUGACAGCAGGGAACAUCGUGAUAUUAUCUUACACCAAGUUCAGUGAUGUCGUUAAAAGUGCGUUCGCCUUUCUGAAUGUACUACGAACGGUCACUUGA